UAACCUAAAAAGUAUGAAAAAUGUUUGACGUUUUAUUGCAAUCGUAAAUACCUCAUAAUUAUGAUGCUAUUAUACAAAUAAAAAUUAAAUAAACCAUUUCCAUUGAACCAAUUCUACCUAAAUAUGACUAAUAUCAGGGUACAAUAAUGGCAGUUGCAAGUUGGAUGUUAAAAAAGAAUCGAAACAUCGGAUCCUCUAGAUAUACUCGAAGUACACCCGUCAAUGAGGAAGAUAUUGUGCAAUUGGAUUUAAAGCGAGAUCCACGAGAAACCGCCAAGGAACUUCUUUUAGACAUUUGUAAAUUGGACGGAAUCACGGAAGGAAAAUGUGUUAACUGUAUAAAUGCGUUUAUUAAACUAUACCUGCAUAUUGAGGGUAAUUUGUCGAAGAUAUCGUAUACAACUGUCGAAAUUCUGUGCUGUUUACGUAUUACUUUGUUUAACAAUUCGAGUUUAGUCCGAUCGGCAGGUUUAAAAGCAAUAAGGCACGUGUUGAUGACCGAAGAUGACAUUCAACAGUUUAAUAAGCUCAAACUUCCAUGUUUAGUCGCGCGGUCGCUAGAUUUGUCGUUGAGGAAUGACAUGGAGAGAAUACAAGCGCUGAGUCUCAUGCAGAAGAUUCUGUUACUGUCGCCUGUCGAUUUCGACAUGGGGAUGGCGCGGAGUCUCGUUGCACUAGCCAAUUGUGGCAUCGAGGAGAAGGAUCGUAUGCUAAGAGCGUGCCUGGCUUGUUUAUGCGAAUUGGGCGUGCUAAAUGCCGAGUUGUUCAUUGCAAGUGGCGGCGUGGCAGCUAUCACCAGGAAUCUAUUGGAAUGUCAAACCCCGCGGAUUGCCGAAUCGCUCUGCGGAGUACUACUUUUAUUAUUAGAUAGGCCUUUCACAAGAAACCACGCAGCUGUCGAUUUGCACUGUAUUGCAGCUCCCUACUGCGACUUCCACUAUCGUCACGGUUGGAUGGACAAAAAUAGGGACGAAAGGGAAUUACGGUUUAAUUGUAGUCGAUUGGCGCUGUUAUCUGUUUUCCGGAGCUGGCCGGGUAUACUGCAUUUUUGUAGCCCCACCAACUCGUUAGGCUUAAAGGCGAUUGUCGAUAUUUUAUAUUUAAAUCAAUUAGAAGUUAGGAAGGCCGUAUUAGAUUUAUUGUACGAACUAUUAGGACUACCUCAGCCGGAGUGGACGGACGAACUGUCCGUGGCACUGAGUGCGGUCGAUCCGGCCGAACCGCAGGCGUCGUGGCGAUUAACUGAAGGUUUUGUAGCCGCGGAAGGACGCUCCGUAUUGCCUCAUUUAGCGAAAACUACUCCUAACAUUACGGAUAUUCACUUGUCGUUAUUAUUGUAUUGUUUCUUGGAAACUGGCCUUCUCUGCGCCUUAGCUGAAGUUAUAGCCACUAGUGACACGUUUAUAAGUGUUCGAGCUACGGUUUUAUUAGGUGAGCUACUACGCCUAAUACAAAUCCUCCUACCACCGGAAUGCUGCAACAUUACACCGCCUCUACCGAAUCUAUUGGAAUAUGCAACGAAGCGACCUCAAGCGCUCGGUGCUGUUACCGCCUUACAACAGCUCCACAAGCUGUUGAAACGGAGGCCCGCAUCGUCCAGUCUAUACCUGGAUUAUAUACUCCAGUCUAGUAGUUUUAUGAAACGAACUCGAAAUUUGGAAAAUAACAAAAAGUACAAAAUUAGUCACACUAAGUCACGGUUGCAUCAGCUGGUACUCAAAGAGAGCGACGAUAUAGUAAAAGACACCGGCGUAUUACUAAGUAAAGACGCUUUCACGUGGAACUGGAGUAUUAUAAAAAUUAUUCUCAAAGGCAAAAGCGACCUGAAACUCAAUUUAGCCGAAUCUACUCAUUUAACGUUUUUAAAGCGAUUAGUCGAGUUCUAUUUGCCUUCGAAUAACCGUUACUCUCACAUGGACCUAACCUCCUCCAAAAACACGCAGGGUUACACCCUCGUCGGAAUCGAACUAAUCCACUGCCUCGCGCGGUUAGAAGAUCCCGACGCUACCAAAUUGCUCAUCGACUUAUUUACGGACAUCUCGAAUCACAUUAAGGCGAUAACGACUAGCAAGAGCGCCCACGAUUGCCUCUUCAGCCCGCAGCACAUGUCGAACACGCAAUGUCAAACGUACUUCUUGUUCAUCGGGCGUUUCGCCACCACCAAAAUUGGAACGAGCGUACUCCUAAGCGUGAAAAUUUUCGAACAAUUGCGCCAUCUAGCGACCACCUCAAAGCACGAUUGCUAUGUCAAACUGAUCGUGUCAUCUUUAAGCUACGAGGAGCCGGGCCACGCGCGCGAUCUCUUCGCGUCCGUCUUGAAGUGUUCCGUCGAGAGCUCCCGACUGUACGCCACCCAGAUCUUGCAAGUACUACUUCGGGCAGGCCUGCCACAGUUCCACAAUUGGGGAAUAAAGUUACUCACCGCACAGUUGGAGGACAAAUCGCGCACCGUACGCCUCACCACCCUCGCCGCCUUGCACGAGGCGUGCGAGGUACCGAACUACCUCGAACAGCUAAUCAAAAUUCAUCCGGACCUACUGCACCUCGGCGAAAAGGGCGUGCUGCUUCUAAUUCGAUUCUUGUCGUCGCCGAACGGCUUCAACAAGCUCAAGAAGAACGGCUUUAUCAGUAACGAGAUACGAAGGUGGGACGAAUUCGUCAAUUACAGGUACGUGCACAUCGUCGAGAACGAAAUCUCGGACACGCUGACGUUGCACCAGCGCGGCGAGGACGGGAGGUACGACAAGAGGCUGAGCUCGUUGAAGGUGACGAGUCGCAAGGACCUAUUCUUACCGCCGCACAUUUACGGACAGCUGACGAGGCACGCGGAGGGGUUUGCGAUUCUGUUGGAGUGCGGAUCUGUGGAUAAAUACGUGCAGUGGAUCGACAACGGUUUGUGCGAGACUGACGACGACAUCCUAAAGUUAAAGGUGGCGUUGUGGAGUUUAGGUCAUUUGGGUAGUUCGUUGAAGGGGACCGAAUUACUGAACAGCAAGGGAAUCCUAGCUUCCAUAAUAAGACUGGUGCAACACUGCGUUGUCUACUCAAUUAGGGCCACCGCCUUCUUUGCCUUAUCGCUAGUGGCCACAAACCGCGCAGGCGCCGAUUACUUAUUCAAGCUAGGGUGGGUGUGUACAAGACACGACCGUCACAAUCGCUGGCCGGUCAUAGAGGAAGAGAAUUGGCAGGAGGAGGUGCAAGACGAACAGCUGUUCAAUUUACCUUUAGGUUCCGACUCCGAGCACACGUCGAGCGAUAACGCUUUCAUGGGCGAGUACAGCGUUAACCUCCCCGACGCCGAUAGCACCACGACGGACGAAGACUUUUUGAUGCCCGUCGAUCGUGUUUUCGGUUUAAAUCAUCAUCAAAAAUCAUCUACGCUUCCGAGCAAUCAAAAUCCAUCCGCGAUUCAGCACAAACGAUCACUCUCAGAAUCAAAAACAUUUGACGCAUUAAAAAUCGUCGAGAGAAAGCCGAAUGAUAAGGUUGAAUUUAAAGUAGGUUCAGACGUGCCGCAUCGGUAUCGCGAUAAUUCGAUUACCGAAUCGACGACGUCCGGCGUCAGCUCGUGCGAAUCUGUCCUGGGAAAAAUCGGCCAGAACGAACGAUUUCAUACACUCAGCCCGAUACCCAGUUCUUCCAGCCUAAGUACCUUAAAGACGUCAGCUGUUCGAAUGCGUCGCCAUUCCGAAUCCACUCGAAGAAUAUCCGUACAAAGUAAGUGA